UGGUUAAGUAGAAACUUCGAUAUACUAAAUAAUUUAGUGAUAAUAAUGCAUCCAGAAGCUUCAGGAUAUAUGGGCCAAGUAACAACUUUGAUUAAAAUUCUUGAAAAAACCAAUCCAGAAGGACAAUUACGAACAGAUAUUGUCAAUAUCAGGCAACUAUCUCCUUUAAUUCAACCAGCAACGAUCGUGUACCCCAAUUUCAGAAAAAAUCCACAAACAGGUAUCUCCGGAAUCAAAAAACAACCCGAAACGCCUAUUUUACCGUUUCCCAUCGUCAAUCAAGAAUCUAAACAAAUGUUAGUCACAGGCUAUACUAUAACUACACAAAAAGUAUUUAAUUCAAUGUUGGAAUGUGUAAUAGAUAACGAUGUUCAAAUGGCGACCAGAAAUAAUACUCCCACGUUUACGAUACAACCUAACGAAAACAAUAACAUUCUCGCUUUCUCAAUGGAUAAAGAUAAUAUUUUGCCUACGCAAUCCCCAGCAGCAUUAAUUAUUUCCAGUAAGGAUAAUUCGUUGCCUACUUUGAACGAAACCGUAAUAUUCUCCAACGUCAAAACGAGAAAAAUUGAACAAAACUUAAAUCACGCCAGACGACAUACUGCGAAUUUGUACUCUAAUAAAAAUUGCAUUUAGUUUGAGAUUAUCACUACAAAGUCAGAGCCACCACAUAUUAAUAUUAUGAAAAUGUUUUGUUUAUUAGUUAUUCUCUUAAUUUGUACGAAAUUUAUUUAUUGUUUGAACACUAGUUUAAU